CCAACACACACUCAACUGCGUGUGUUUUCUUCCAGCACAGACAGGUAGUGCACAGGUGCGGGACAGAGACAGAGACACCCACAACCCGCACACACAGCAGGACGACACACAGCCUGACUGCCUAUCGAUCGAUUACUAAUUGAUUAGUGACUUGAGCCUGUCAGCAGGAUCUCACUGUGUCCAGCUGCAUUGGAUCACACUACCGUCCCGGUGUCGGACACAACAUUCAACAGCGCUGCCAUGCCUUCUCUGCGACACUCGUACACGGUGACGGUACCGGAGGAGCCGGCCGCUCUCCCCACAGACAAGCCCGAGCUGCGGCGGAAGAGUCCGUCGUUGUCCCGGUCCAAACUGGUGUCCACGUUCAUGGGUCUCAUCAUCAACCAGGCCAAGCACAAAGGUCCUCAAGGCCUGGUGGGACUGAGGAACCUGGGCAACACAUGUUUCAUGAACUCCAUCUUACAAUGCCUGAGUAACACUCCCGAGCUGAGGGAUUACUGCCUGAGAAACGUCCAUCGCACAGACCUCAACAACAACUGCAUGACGAACGCCGCUCUCAUGGAAGAGUUUGCCAAGCUGACUCAGAGCCUGUGGACGACUGUGAACAACGAGGCCAUCAGUCCCUCUGACUUCAGGAGCCAGAUCCAGAGAUACGCUCCCAAAUUUGUGGGCUGCAAUCAGCAGGACGCCCAGGAGUUCCUGCGUUUCCUACUGGACGGCCUCCAUAACGAGGUGAACAGAGUGACAGUGCGACCGAAGGUGUCUGUCGAGGACUUUGACCACCUCUCGGACGAUGAAAAAGGGAAGCGGAUGUGGAACAUGUACUUGGAGAGAGAAGACAGCAAAGUAGUGGAUCUGUUUGUUGGUCAGCUGAAGAGCUCUGUGACCUGCACCGUCUGUGGCUUCCGCUCCACUGUGUUUGAUCCAUUCUGGGACCUAUCCAUACCUGUUGCACAGAAGAGCACAGGCGAAGUGACUCUCAAAGACUGCUUGAGGCUCUUUACAAAAGAAGAUGUAUUGGACGGAGAAGAGAGACCGACGUGCAACAGAUGCAAAACCAGAAGGAAAUGCACCAAAAGAUUCAGCAUUCAGAAGUUCCCUCAGAUCCUCGUGCUUCACCUGAAGCGUUUUUCAGACUCCAACAUCCGAACCAGCAAACUUUCCACGUACGUCAACUUCCCUCUCAAAGAGCUGGACCUGCGGGAGUUUGCCUCAGAGAGUGGUGAGCGCGCUGUGUAUAACCUGUACGCAGUAUCCAACCACACGGGAAACACUUUGGGAGGCCAUUACACAGCCUACUGCAAGAACCCGACGCUAGGAGAGUGGUACAACUACAACGACGCCAGGGUGAGUCCAGUGUCCUCCAGUCAGGUUCGCAGCAGCAACGCCUACGUCCUCUUCUACGAGCUGGCCCCCACCCCACACAGCAAAUAUCAGACGUGUCGACUCUGACGCCGUGGAGGAGUUGACAAGCUGCACUGAACUGCUCUCAAGAAUGGAGUCAGACACUGCCUGCUGCGAGGGAGCUCCUCCUGGUGGAGAGAGUCCUGCCAUUACAGACUGUGAAUAUGGAGCACAAAGACAGAGAACAAAACGCCAUCUGACCUUCCACUCAGUGUGUUUUUGAGAAAAGGGUGGAUGUGAAAGCACAUUCGAACUAAAGGAUGUCAAGCUGAGCUCACAAGUUGAAUGGAACUUAAGUGACACUGGGAAAAUACUGUUAAAAGGGUGUGGAAAUUCAGCUCAAGAGGCAGCUGUUAGUCCAAUUAAAAUGCCUUUUUGGACAUCAAGAAGACCACCUUCACUCUAAGAAAAGACAUUUUACAGCUGUGCCUGGACCUGAAUCUACACCCACUUAGUGGAUUUUUUUUUUCUUUUUUAAUGUACUUUGAACAUGGACUAUUAACCUUAAGGACAUUACUGUGUGAUGACAUUGCAGAGAUUUGCCUGACAUAGCAACUGCAAGACCUAAUUUAUUCUAUUUAACAUAAUGCCAGUAACUGAAAGCGCAUACUGUAUAUGUCAUUGAACAAAGCCUUAUGGUUUCCUCUUAGAACAGUGGAAAUCCACUACUGGAGUGAGGAUGUUUUAUGUCAGAGCACAUAUUAUUUUUGUACAGUAUUUAUGGACAGCACAGUGAAUGUAACUGUACUGUGGGAAAGCCAGACAUACCAAAGCAGCUGUAUAAAAAUGCAUCAGCAAGACUUCUUUCAGCAAUAAUGCUGCUGAUUUUACAUCCAAGUCAAUUCAGAGAAUGAUUAGAAUUUAAAUAACUCAUCAUGAAGAUCUGGCAUGAGAGGGUAAUACCCACAGACCUCAGAGAUGUCAUCCUUUGUAAAAAGUGAGGCAUGACAGAGUGUGGAAACUACAGGGGCGUCUCACUCCUGUCCCCAACUGGGAAGAUUAUUGCCCACAUUUCUUUCAUGAGACUCCUCCCAUUAUCAGAAGAAGUCGUCCCUGAAUCAUAGUGCAGUUUCCGUCCUGCCUGUGGUACAACUGACCUGAUCCUCCAAGCUAGACAGUUACAAAAAAAUGAAAGGAAACAAAACCAACCAAUAGAACUGGCCUCCAUCGACCUUACCUAAGCAUUCAACUGCUGCUCAACUCUUUUGAGACCAAGAUCUUUCACAUAUCCAUCGUGUGCUGCAGUAUGCAGACGAUAACAUCAUUAUAGUCCACACAUUUAAAGAUCUUCAGUGCAUACUUUAUUCCUUUACCUGGGCGUACUAACUCCUUGGUCUGGCCAUGAACAUCAUGCAGAUCUCCAUCAGUUCCCACCAGACUCCUCCGCAACAAUACCAAGCGACAGUAGCUCCUUUUACACCACCUGUUCAAGGUGGGAAUGUUGCUCCAUUAUUGCGCAUUGUCAUUCAGUCCCAGAAUGCGGGGAAGGAGUUGUCUGGCCUUUAAGCCGGCAGCAAAGGUAGUAACAGCAGAACCCUGGAAUGCUUUCUAAAAUUAUAGAGUGGGGCUGCAUUAUGCUUGCAUUUUUUGGUUCUGUGUAAAAAAGCAAAGCCAACAUAGUAAAGGGUUUUCCUUGCCUCCCAGUCAUGGGAUCUCUGUAAAAAAAAAAAAAAAAAAAAAAAGAAAAGAAAAAAAAAGUGUGAACCUUGAAAAUGUGGACCAGGUCCUCUACCUUGGAAGUCACCUCUUCUCAUGAGCAGACAUUGGCCAUGAGGUACACCAGCACAUCUGCUGUGCCAGUGGGGCUGUUGCAAAGCUCCAUAGAAGAGUAUUUGAAAGCUCUGACUUGCUUGUAAAGGUCUACAAAGCAGUUAUCUUGCCCACUCUUUUAUACGGUGACAUCUGGAGUAAGCAUAUAAGAGUCGUGAGAGACAUUAAGUCCUACCACCAGAGAUGCCUACAAAAACUCUUGCGCAUCAGCUGGAAGGAGAAGCACACUAAUGUCAGUGUUCAUUAGUAGGCAACCAUUGACAGAAUUGCCACCAACAUUAUUUGACACCAGACAAGAUGGACAGGCCAUGUAAUAUUGGACACACGCCUCCAGAAACUGGUCCUAUAACUCACAACUAAAUGUUGGCCAACAAACAUCCCAAGGUCAGAAAAGGCGUUUCAAGAACAACAUUUUGAUCAGCCUCAAAAAUCACAUAAACAGAUCAAACUAUCUGGACAGAUUAUGCUAAAAACAGAACCCCAUGAACAGUUUACGUGAAGGAGCCACAUUCCAUCAAGACAAUCUCCGAAAUGCUGCCAGAGUUGAGCAGCAGCAAAAGAAGAGUCCCCACCAAAAAGACUCUCCACAUUCCACUUCCAGCACCUCACAUCAAUGCCCACACUGCAAGAAAGUUUGUGGCUGUGGUUGUUGAAUUGUUCUCAUCAGCCAUUUGAGACCUACAAAAUGGAUGCCCCAGGGGGACUAUCAUGAGCGACCGCCAAUGAUGAGGACUGUGGGAAAGCCAGACUUACCAAAGCUGCUGUAUAAAAUGCAUCAACAAUACUUUCCCAGCAAUAAUGUUGCUGACUUGACAUGUAAGUCAGUUCAAGAGUAUAUGAAUGAAUAAAAUUACAUGUUAACUUA